GUCGCACAACAAACGUCAGCUCAGCUGCAUGUUCUCCACUCGAUGCACAGAAAUUAAAAUACAAUUCAGAAAUGAUUCGCUUUUGAGACGGACGGGUAAUGUGGCACGGUUGUGUGGGCUAAAGCGUUGGACGUAAAGCAGAAACCAAAAUCAAAAGAAAAAAAGAGUGAUACAAAGAAUUUUCCUGCAUUAUUUCAUAGGGAGCUCGCCAACUAGGCAUGUGGAAAUUUGUGCAUAGCAAAAUUUAAAGAUAAUGUGGUGAUUUGGAAAAUGAAAUUUCUAUUGAAAGCUUUAUCGAGCUGGUGAAAGUGUGCUCCGCAGUGUGGCAUUUCAGUGCUGAGGUCGUUGCUACGCUCGAUUCAUACGCAGACCUCCCUUCAGCCAGCUCCGUUUAGACGAGCAACGCGCAAAAAACACGUCUACAGCUAAAAAUAGCUGGCCAAAAAAAUUCCUUGUUGUUAAAAAUAUUUCGCUCGACGUAGUCGCAGUCGAAACAAGUGAAGUAGUGCUGUGAAUUGAGAUCUCGCACGAGAGUAAAUAAAUAGCGUACGCAACGUUCGCAUUGCAAUUGUGCACAAAAUACUACGAAGUGUGUGGAUAAAAUACAUAAGUAUGUACCGUUAUAUACUUGACAGCACUGUAGUGAAAUCAAAGGCAGAAAUUUCAUAAUUUCACCGCUGUCUUCGCCUGCGCCUUCGGUGGUGGCUGUGCAAGAAAACAAGCGAGCGAGCAAGGUGGCCAAAAAACCAAAGUGACGGUUGUGCAAUUCGGCAGAGGGGUGUAGCGACGGACGCCCAUACACAUGUACAAACAUAAUACCCAAAUUGUGCAAGAAAGAACAAAUACCAGUCGGUAUAUUAAAAGUUUGUUGUUGUGAAUUGUUGUUUGUAAGAUCGGCAAAGCAAAAUAAAAUCUUUGGCUCGACAACACACGGAAACCUUGUAAUUGCAGAUUUAUGUGCCACAGGCAAACAAACUUACACACAAUCGGCAAAGGGCGCAUAUACCCACAUACAUACAGACGAGUGCAUAAAUAGUACAUACAUACAAACAUAUACAUAUGUAUGUAUAUGUGUUGCUUCAUAAAUCUCAGCCGUGUGUGUUUCAUGAAAUUUUAAUUCCGUGUGCAAUGAAUUGUGUGUGAUUUGUAGUGCCGUAGAAAAAAGUAAGAAAGAGGCGAAGUCAACUAUCGCAGCCGCACGAAGAGACCCCCUUCUGCAUUACUCCUGCUGAGUGCAUGUCAGAAAAAAUCGCUUGCUGAACUAAGAGGAUGACAGCUGAAGUUAUGGCUACAGAUACAAAUUGGGACCCCGCACUAUCGAAACUCAUAACAUCACUGAAGGAGGCGGAAAAUCUCUCCAAUGACCAGGAAAUCGACUUCCUUAAAGCCUUGCUCGAAUCAAAGGAGCUCAACGCGCUUGUCAAUGUACACACAAAAGUGGCCAAAGUGGGUCGAGACGAUCGACUGGCGCCAGUACUCUCCACUUCCGGACAGAUACUGUACGAAGUGCUGGAGCAGUUAUCGCAACGCUGCCACCUGAACGAGGAAUGCAAAGAGGCCUUUCAUUUGUUGCAAGAACCGCAUUUACAAAGCCUUUUAUAUGCACACGAUGCCAUUGCGCAGAAGGACUUCUAUCCGCAUCUGCCGGAAGUACCCAUCGAAAUGGAUGAGGAUGAGGAAACAAUUAAAAUCGUCCAACUGGUGAAGAGCAACGAACCGUUGUCAGGAGCACAAAGUGCGGAACCGAUUGUUGGCGCAACGAUAAAAACGGACGAGGAGACGGGAAAGAUAAUUAUAGCGCGCAUUAUGCACGGCGGCGCCGCCGAUCGCUCCGGACUGAUACAUGUGGGCGAUGAGGUGAUCGAGGUGAACGGCAUAAAUGUGGAGGGGAAAACGCCCGGAGAUGUGUUAAGUAUUUUGCAAAACUCUGAGGGCACGAUCACCUUCAAAUUGGUGCCAUCGGAUGGCAAGGGCGGCCAGCGUGAGUCCAAGGUGCGUGUACGUGCGCAUUUCGACUACAAUCCCGAAACAGAUCCCUACAUACCCUGCAAAGAGGCGGGACUGGCAUUUCAACGAGGCGAUAUUUUGCAUAUUGUAUCACAGGACGACGCCUAUUGGUGGCAGGCACGUAAGGAGUCGGAACGCACUGCCCGCGCUGGGCUGAUACCCAGUCGUGCGCUGCAAGAGCGGCGCAUUAUACACGAACGUUCGCAAAUGGAGACGAAUGAUGCCGAUUCAAAGAAGGGCUCUUGCGCUUCCAUAUGCACCACCCCGCCCGGUACACCCAUAUUGCAUUCUAGCAGUAGCACUUCCUCAUGCCGUCAGCCCAAAACUAAAAAGAUUAUGUACGAUUUGACAGAGAACGAUGACUUUGAUCGUGAAAUGAUCGCCACCUAUGAAGAGGUUGCCAAAUUAUAUCCACGUCCGGGCGUCUACCGUCCAGUUGUGCUGAUCGGCGCACCAGGCGUGGGUCGUAAUGAGCUGAGGCGUCGCCUGGUAGCGCGCGACCCCGAAAAGUUUCGCAGUCCAGUGCCAUACACCACACGUCCAAUACGCACCGGCGAGGUCGCAGGACGCGAAUACAUAUUUGUGGCACGUGACAAAAUGGAGGCCGAUAUCGCUGCUGGCAAAUUUAUCGAACAUGGUGAAUAUAAGGGUCAUUUGUAUGGCACUUCCGGCGAGAGUGUCAAAUCCAUUGUGAAUGCCGGCUGUGUUUGCGUGCUCAGUCCACAUUAUCAAGCGAUUAAAGCGCUGCGCACGGUACAAACGAAACCGUUUAUAAUCCAUAUAAAGCCACCAGAAUUUGAUGUUUUGAAAAAAUCACGCACGGAGUCGCGAGCCAAGUCCACUUUCGACGAGAGUAAUGCUCGUGGUUUUACGGACGAAGAAUUCAACGACAUGCUUAAAUCAGCCGAACGCAUCGAUUUCCUUUACGGUCACUUCUUCGACGAAGUCAUCGUGAACGACGAUCUGCUAACGGCUUUCGAACAGCUGAUGAAUGUAGUGCAACGUUUGGAGAAUGAGCCGCUGUGGGCGCCCGCCGCCUGGGUGCAAUAAAAUGGCUAAACUGGCCGUGGAAACAGAAGGAACAACCAGAAAAAGACAAACACUGCUGAUGAAUAUGCUAAAAACAAAUGCCAAUAACCAAUAACACAAAUAUAAUAUACACAUACAUACAUAUAUACAAUAAUACAUGCAUACAUGCAUACAUACAUACAUACAUACACAUGCAAUAAAUACCUAAUUUUAAUUAUUAAAGCAAAAAGUAAAAACUGUUUAAUGAAUUUGACAUAAAAACACCAAAAUAUAUGAAGAAAAAAAAAACAUUUUUGAAUAGUUUCCGAAUAUUUUGAAUUUUUUAAGCAUAAACAAAAAUGUAUGAAACAAAAGCGGAAGUAAAGAUUUCCAGUUGGCGUGGGAUGUUUCCAAAACCCCUUCAAAGAAAUGUAAGUAGCUGAUGAAUGCAAUAAAGAAUGUAGGAUAUGCGUAACUCAUACUUAUAUAAAUAUAUGUAUGUAUAUACAUAUAUACAUAAACUCCACACACAAAAAAAUUGUAUAUUCCAAACUGAAAUUACUAAUGUACAAUAUUUAGAAAAAAAAUCAACUUCUCCGUGUCUGUACACAAUAAAAACAUAAUUUCAGUGUUGCCAACUGCAUCAAAAAUCAUGUGUAUGUAAAGUAAUUAAAUUAAAAAACAAAACAUUGUGCAAAGAUCCUACAAAAAAAUACUACCGAUUUUGAAGUUAUCGCUGAAUUUUCGUCAAUGUAGUUAAUGAAAUUCUAAAUAUAAAAAUGUAAGUAAAAUAAUUCUGUUUUGCAAAAAAAAUAAUAAUAUAUAUAUAUAUAUAUAUAUAUAUAUUAUAUUAAAUAAAUUGUAUUACAAAUGCAUAAAAAACUAUAAAAUUUUAAUCAGAAAUAUUUUCCUUAAAUUUUGUUAUAAUUUUAGUUCGCUUUUUCUACUUUGAAACUCAACUAGCGCAAGUAAAAAACAUUUCUAAGCAGCAAAUGUCUUUAAUGUCAUAAUAUUUGCUGUCAAACGAAUAUUUGUUAGUUAAAAUAUUUUUCUUCACUGCUGAAAUGCAAAUACAUAUAGUAAAUAUAUAAUUUAUAUUAGCUAUACUUUGAAACUGCCUAAACAAUUAAUACAUUUUUAAUAUCUAAAAAGAUUAUAUUUAGCACUCUCUCCAGGAAUUUAAGUAAUGCUAUCGCUGUAAUUUUGAAAAAAUAUAUUAAAAGCAAAAAUUAUCAAUUUCCAAGUUAUGCUAUUCAUGUCGUAUGUCUAUGUCCUAAGCCGUUAUGUUAACCCUUAAAUGCUUGCCUGAAUACAGACGACCUUUCCAGCAUCCACAAUUUUCGAAACCCUUUCCACAUACUUAUUAUAAUAAUUGUUUAUGUAUGUAUUUUUAUCUGCUAAUAUUUGGAAAAUUUGUUAUUAAAAGAAAUAAUUAUCUUAAAUUUAUUGUCAUUUUAAAUUUUAAAAAUUUAAGAUAAAUUUUUCGAAAAUCUUAUAAAAUAUUAGUUCAGCUUAAAAUAUGUAUGUAUAUAAACAUCGCAUUCGGGUUAUAAUAAAUGGUUGUAUCGCGUUGGGAUGCAAAAUCUUCGUUGUAAACUUUUAUUAUAAAAGGUGUUUUUAGACAAGUGGUUCAACGAAAAGGAGGAACGACUGGCGCGUUAUUGUAAAAUCGGAUAGCGCGUAAGCGGUGUCUAAACCAAUAAAAAAGUUUUCAAGAAUAAAUAAAAUGCAUCUACUUUACUGGUACAGCCAAGAAUUCAGCUUUAUUAUAAAAACAAGGGUUUGCCAUUAUGUUUGAAAAAUGAUUUCGGAUAAGCGACCGCCCUAUUUUCGACCGCUUUUUAUAGCAAUCAUGGUCGUAUGUCAGCAAUAAUGCUCUACACGGUAAUGAGGGCACAAUAGACCUUAGGUCGCGGUGCAAUGCUCAUUUAUUAAUCUAGUCUCAGGUGUCAAUCGACUCGGGCUUAUCUGCGUAGAUAAUCGACUUCACAUAACCCCACAAAAAGUAAUCCAGUGGUAUUUAGGAAGGGUGCCUUCUGACAACUCACAACUUUAUCGUAAAGCUUAACAUUUUUGUUGUUAUACAUACUCAGAACGUUUUGACAUAUGACCGCUAUUUGCAUCUCGACCAAAAAAUAUAAUAGAAUUAAACCGCGAACAUUUUCGAUCGAUUUUUAACUUCCGACGGGGAUUAACUCAGCAAAAGAGCACCGAUGAACUUAAUUCAGUAUUUGGCGAUGAGUUCCAUCAAGGGCUAAUGUUUAUCGCUGGUAUUGCGAAUGGAAAAAUACGAUAGCUGUGCUUCGAAACAUGUCUAUAAAAUUGUGAGAGAUGAAGAAAAUUUACGCGUAUGCGCCCGAAAGUAAAGAUCAGUCCACUGCUUGGGUGUUUCACGCUCAACCGAAUCAAACAAAAGUUGUUUGUACACGAAGCACUUUUAAAGAAAUGGUUGCCUGUUUUUUGGAACAACUGGAUGAACUAUAUAGCAACAAUACCACUAGAACAAAGCAAAACAGUAAAUUCUGAAUUAUACACGACCAUCAACUUGUCAUUGUUUUUCAAGAAAUUACGGAAACUAAAUGCCGCAGACGGAUCAUUCUUCACCACGACAAUACAAACUCUUUUUUUUUUAUUUUGAAAGACAAUAGAACAUGGCUAAUGUCUCUAAUCCCGAAAUAUAAAAAGCAAACUACUUAAUCGGACGAUCUUGGAGGACACGCCAUAAGCUCAGGACACGAGAGAAAGUGCUCACCUAAAGUUUCUUUCAAUAAAUUGAUUGUUUCGUUCACAUCAACAUCCUCCAAUUCAGUUUAACAUCAUGAGCUGUUCCAUUUUUGAAGAAAUAUGGACCUAUAAAGAAUACCAUACAUAGACUAUUUGCGGAUGCGACGAGUUCCCAACAAUAGCUUUUGGAUUAUAUCCCUCAAAAUGCAACCAUUUUUUUUGUAACAUACUUAUUCAACCAAAAGUCAGCUCGAUCGUUGAACAAAAUUUUUUUGUGAAAAUCGGGAUGAGUGGCAACUCGUUUUCGCCCGAUCAACCGAAUGUACCCGUUUGAUGGCGGAUGAACUCGUUCGGUCCACAGCAGGAAAAGCCUUUUCGGCCCUCACUGCCUCUUAGGGUAAUAAAAUAAAUGUGGUGCAAAACCGAGCCAAAAUUGCUCUAAUUAUCGACUCGAAUGGGCGACUAUCUCGAUCGUAUUUCGAACACAGCGUGCGACGUGUCGUGCGAACCGGAGGAAGUCUUGUCAUUAUGAAAUGGCAAUACAAACUGAGUGUAAAUCAAAUAACAGCUGUAAAAAAUACCAACUACGAAACAAGUAUUGUCUCAUUGAAAACCGCACGUCUAAAAACGCGUGACUUUCGCCUAAAGUCUAUUCGAAAUUGCAGUCGACACAAGCGAGUUUAAUUCGGUUCUAUUUUUUAUGCGAAAUCAUAAUUGAUCUGAAUUACAAAAGUAACAGCUGGAUUAGGGAACAAAACAUAGGGAACAAAAGAUAGGGAAAAAAAGAACAUCUCAAAGAUUUUUCAUAUUAUUCACAAAAUAUAUGUUGAAUCCAAUCCUCGAAACAAUCAAUAUCGAGAAAAGCCUUCAAUGCGCAUAGCGAUUCACGUUUCAUGUCUUCAAUAGACUCAAAGCGGUUCCCUAGGAGCGGUCGUUUCAGUUCGCUGAAGCCACACGGAGCUAAAUAUGGCGAAUACAGUGAAUGCGGCACGAUAUUGGUUAAAAAUUUAUCGAAAACCUCUCGUAGAAUCAAUGUAAUAUGGGACAGUGCAUAAUCUUGGUGCAAAAACCAAGAGUUGGCAGGCCAUAUUUCGGCCUCUUUUUACGAAUAGCCUCGCGCAAACUAUGCAUAAUACUCACUUUUUCUUUGUCACCAGCAGAGGAUAGCCGCGAGUCAGAAAUGGCACUUGAGUUUGAAAUUCCGAGUGUACCACGCCUCGUUAAUCAAAGAAAACAGUCGAGAUAAUCUUGAUUUUCGGCCUGCUUUGUCAUGACAUUCGGUCGACUGAUCGCCUAUUUCCGGGUCCUAAGCAUAGAUCCAAGACUCAUCAAUUGAGUGAUUUUGACCCCAAUCAGGCUUUCACUUUCAUAUUUACAACCUCAAUCCUAAAAUUCUAAAUUGCAUUUUAUAUAUUUUAUUUAAAACUUAUUUAAGAUUUUAAAGCAGUUGCUUGUCGCUUUUGUAGCAGAUAGUUACAUAAAAUUUUCCAGUUUUUUUUAAGGUCGUCACAUCCAUUAAAAAAAUUUACCAAUUUACUGAGAACAAAAAUAAAACAAGCGAUAAUAAUGAAAGGAAUAAUGAAAAUUAAAAAUAGAGUUUCCAAAAAUUUAAGAUAUGUUACCAAACACUAUUCGAACAAAUGCAAUAAUAAAAGUACUACUCUAUAAGAAUGUGACUAUUUAUUUCAUAUGUAUAAUUAUAUAAAAACAGCAGAUUGUCCAAAGUGUAAUAACAAAUAUAUAUAUUUACAGUGUAUAUAAGCGUGAAAUUAUAAACAAAUAAUCCUUAUUAUUAUCUAUUGUAAUUAAAAUUGAAAAUGCAUAUUAUUAUAUUAUAAUAUAAUGAAAUGUUAUCAAUAUGAAAAUGUUGAAAUAAAAAAUUUAUUAAACAAUAAAAACAAAACAACAAAAUGUUAAAAAAUUGCAGACAAAACAUGACAACUGUAUGUUCACCACUCAAACAAAAAUAAACACAUACAUAUGUACAUACUUUAAUGCAUUAUUGUGGCAAUAUGUUAAAGAACCAUACUCUACAUAAGUCGAAUUUGGUUAAUGAAAGCAAUUUGAGUUAUUUUCGUGUAAGUUUUCGAAACUUUCGUUCGAGAAACUAUGGUCACAAUUUGCGAUAAAGAAAAGAGUUAAAGCAAAGGCAACUUUCCAGAAGUAUUCAAAAUGUCAAACUUUCGACAUCAACUAAAUUAACAAUUUUCUUCAAUUAUAUGCAUACAUACAUAUGUACGAUGUUUUUUCAAAAAUUAUUUAUUUAUUCAUGAAUAUCUAUUUGGUCCCCUUCAAAGUAAUCCCCAUCCCUUCGAAGCACUUCAAAAAAUCAUUUUUUUUAUCUUCUUCAGUUCCUGCUUCGAUGCCGUCUUUAUCUCGUCAAGAAAAGCGUAACGUCGUCCUUUCAUGGGCCUCUUUAGUUUAGGGAACAAGAAAAAGUCACAGGGGGCCAGAUCUGGGGAAUACGGUGGCUGCGGCAUCAUUAGUGUGUUGUUUUUGGCCAAAAAGGCGCGCACAAGCAACGAUGUGUGAGCAGGGGCGUUAUCGUGGUGCAAAAGCCAAUUUUUGUUCUUCCACAAAUCCGGAUUGCUUCGCGCAAAUUACGCAUAACUUGCAGGUAAUAUUCCUUAUUGACCGUUCUUCCCUGUGGCAAGAACUCAUGAUGCACCACGCCCCUGCAAUCGAAGAAAACUGUCAGCAAACUGUCGCGAUACUUUUUGAACACACCUCGUAUGUAUAUGUACAUAGAUGGCAAACUCCCGAAUACAUUUAACGUUAGCGGUUCUAUGCUUAUGCUACAAGCUCUACUUUUCACGAAGUAUUCGCAAAAAAUUAAUAAAUUUGUUUGUCAUUACUGGAACUUUAAAUAAUUGUGAAAUUCUUGCAAAGGAUGAUCCAUUUCGAGGUUCCAUACUUUUUUAAAGAAAAAACACAGUAUCUUCAAAUUCAAUGGGAAUGUUUGUUAUCAUCCAACAUUCUUUGCCAUUUAUUUAAAGAUUAUCUCUUUCAACUGUUGGCGCGGCUCAGAUGGUCCAUCCGUUGAGUCCAAUUUUCGAUGACUCGUUCAAGCAUUUCGACUGGAAACUGGCGAAUGACGCGCGUGAUGUUUUGCUUCAAACCCGAGGCGAGAUUGUUCGUUUAGACUUUAGACCUUAAAUAUAUCCAAGGAAACAGUCUAACGGUGUACUAACACACGAUCUUGGUUUCCAAUCGAUCGGCCAAAACUUGAAAUUAUCUUCUCACCGAAAUGUUCUCUCAAAAAAUCCAUUUAUCGAUGCGAUGUGUGGGAAGUGGCGCCGUCUUGUUGAAACCAAAUGUCGCCGAGAUCACGAGCUUCAAUUUUAGGUUACAUUCUUACCGGCAUCAUUUUUGAAGAAACAUGGACCGAUGAUUCUACCGGCCCACAAACCACACCAAACCGUUUUAUUUUGUAGAUGAAAUGGCAACUCUUGAAUUUCUGCAGGCCGCUCUUCGUCUCAAGCACCAAUUUUGCUUUUUUACAUACCCAUUCAACCAGAAAAUCACUGAAAAAAAGUUUUGCUGCAAAACGUCGGAUCUUCUUAGCACUUUCCAAGACAUCAUAGAGCGAAGCGAAGUCGCUUGCGAAAGACUAGCGGCUUUAAUUCUUGCAAAACCUAUAUUUUGUUCUUUCAAUUUAAGGUUUUCGACGUUCCAUACGUCAGUCCGAGUUGCUACGACCAGCGCCGAAUCGACUCUCCAGGGGUCUUCGUGUACACUCUCAGCCAUGGCUGCUAUAUUUUCUUCACUUCUUCUUAUCCAAUAAUGAAUGUUGGGUCUCAAGAUGGGUGAUGGUGUUGUGAAUAGGAGCUCAAUAGGCCUAUUAUAUUGAACAUAAGACACACAUUCUUUACAGAACGUGAAUUUGCGUUUGUAAAAGUUAUUCAGGGCUAAGUCUUUCUAUGACAAAAAGUCAAACAAUACUGAAUAAAAAAAACAUGAUAGAUUGACAAUAUCUAUACUUGGAUCACCCGUUACAAAUUCUACUUUUCAAACAGUAAUGGUCAAAAAUUAAUAAACUUGUUUCUCAUUGCUAAAACAUUGAGUAAUUGUGAAAUAUUUGCACUUUCCAUCCAUAUACAUAAGUCUAAUUUUGCCUUCUACUUCAUCGCCACAAAUUUAAAAGCAGUCUCUACCCUCCAUAACUUACAUCAAUGGCUAUUAUUCUUUAAACAUACUUACUCGCUUUUUUUUCUAAAUCAAACAUUGUUGUAUUAUUUAAGUGUAACAUAAUAUCUAAACUUCUAUAGAGAACAUACUUAAAUAAAGAAUGGAACAUUUUUGUUAAUAAAAAAGUUAUGACAAUGAA